AUAUAUUUCCGGUUUUCUUUCUGUUGUGAUCAUUAGGGCAUUUAAAAGAAUUUUAAUACCAAAGAAAAAGUAAUUAUUAUCAGUGUAACACGUUUGUUUAAUUAAAUUUUUCAACAAUGUCCGAUGAAGAAGAUAAUCAAGAUUUGAGAAAUGAUGAAAAUUUCGAUCCAGAAGACACUUUUAAAAUAUUGCUGGCAACUGAUUGUCAUUUAGGUUAUGAGCGUUCAACAAGGAGAGAUCAACAAGAUGAUAGUUUAAUCACGUUCGAAGAAAUUUUACAAAUCGCAGUGGAAAAUGAAGUAGAUUUUAUUUUACUUGGAGGAGAUUUGUUUCAUGAAACAAAACCACCGCAGGAUAUAAUGGCAAAAUGUGUUGCACUGAUUAAAAAAUACUGCAUGGGAACUCGGGACAUAAAAAUCCAAAUGCUCACUGAUCCAGAACUAAUUUUCAAAGAUUCCAGCAACAAAAUGGUCAAUUUUGAAGAUCCGAAUCUUAACAUUAGCAUUCCGGUCUUUUCAAUUCAUGGAAAUCAUGAUGAUCCGAGUUCAGGAGCAACGGGUUCAUUAGACUUACUAUCGGAAACUGGAUUGGUAAAUUAUUUUGGUAAAUGGACAAAUUUAGAGAAAGUGGAAAUUCCGCCGUUAAUUUUGAAAAAGGGAAAUACUUACAUUUCACUUUAUGGAUUGAGUUACAUAAAUGAUAAGAGAUUGGCAAGACUCAUGCGAGAUGGAAAUUUCAAAAUGUUAAGAGCAACGGAAAUUCCCGAGAGUUUUAAUAUAUUUGUCCUACAUCAAAAUCGAGUGUGUCAUGGCUUGGUAAAUGCCUUGACAUAUGUGAAACAAGAGAAAUUGCCAAAGUUUCUUAAUUUUGUAAUGUGGGGCCAUGAGCAUGAAUGUCGAAUUACUCCCGAAGAAUUUGAGGCGAAUCCAAAAUACUUCAUUUCACAGCCAGGAAGUAGUGUCGCCACAUCAUUGAGUGAAGGUGAAGCAGUUACUAAACAUGUUGGUAUAUUGUCGGUGCACAAAACGGAUUUUAAGCUGAAAAAGAUUAAAUUAAAAACAGUGAGACCAUUUGUAUUCGACAAUGUGUAUGUUUCCAAGGAUAUGCCAGAAUUAGCUAAUAAGAGCCAAGAAUUAUGGCCUGAUUUAAUUUUAAAAUAUGUCCGCGAUUUUGUCGAACACGAAAUGAUGCCACGAGCUGCAAAUCUUUUAACGGGUCAUCCAGAUCAACCAACAUUACCGUUAAUUAGAGUUCGAGUUCAUAUAAACGAUGAUAGCCAACGAUUUGAAAACAAUAAAAUUUCUCAAAUAUUCUGCGAAGAUGUGGCGAAUCCUAUGGAUAUUAUCCUUUUUGUCAAAGAUUUAAGAAAGAUGGGGUGCGUAAACGAUAAAAUGGGUAAUUUACCCAUUAAAUUCUUCGAAUUUGAUGACAUUUACGAUGAAAAGCAGUGGAACAAAACAGUUCAAGACGGAAUUUGUAAAUAUUUCGCUGAAGAUCAAAAUAUCGAUAAAUUAUCAGUUUUCACAGUUACUGAUCUUAAUGAUGCUUUGACACGUUUCACUGAUCAAUGCGAUACUAAUGCUUUCGAAACUCUCGUUAAAGAUCAAAAACAAUCAAUAAUCGAACAUUUAAGUAAAUCGGAUAUUGAUUUUAAUGAUGAUAAAAAUAUCUUUGAUAAAUUGGCAGAAUUCCAAAGGAAUCGUUUAAUGAAUAAUGAAGAAAACGAAGAAUUUCUUCGAUUACGGGAAGAAGCGGCGAAACGUCGAAAAGAAAAAGAAGAGAGUGGAAAUUCUCGUAGAACUGGUGACAAUGAUGAAGAAAUGGAUGAAAAAGUUGCAAAUGUUCCAGCAAAAGGCAGAGGUAGAGGUCGUGGAAGAGGUGCAAAGGGAAAAUCGCCAAAAGCAAUUGUUAUUUCUGAUGACGAGGAAGUGGGAGAAGAGGAGGAUGAACCACGACCAGCUAAAGGUAGAGGCAAAGCUCGAGGAAAAGCGCGAGCUAAAGCGACCACAACUACAACAACAAGAAAACCUCGAGGACGUACAACAACAACAACAACAUCAGCAACAUCCGGUUCCAAUUCUCUUCGUAACUUCCUAGACAUCACUACCUCUAGACAUUCGUCAAAACCUAGCAGAGCUGAUGCAGAUGAUGACGAAUUUAUAGACUCCGAUUAAAUCGCUCAACCACAUUUAAAAAAUUGUGAUAAAUUUUUUCAAAUUAAAAAAAAACUUUCUCGUCUGUCUUGUUUAAUUGUUAUAUGGUUUCGUUCUAUGGUAUUAUUUUCAUUUUACUUGUUGACAAGUUUCGCAAACAUAAUAACCAAAUCUUAACAAUUUGUGCCUGCAAGAAUAUAUUUUUAUUACAAUUCAAAUUUAAAUAUUAUGUAUUUUCUACUUAUAUUUUUGUACUACUGUUAAUAAAUUUUUAUGACCGAA